UGUGGCGCUGCUUUUUGUUGUUGGUCAUCUCAUCAUCUAGAAGGGAUUGUUAAUUGGCCAACUAGCCUUACAAAAAGAGUUGUUUCGAAUUCUUUAAUUAUUGAUGUCACUUCGGGUUACGUUUUUGUAUUCUUUAAAUAACGAAGACCUAUUGACCUCAUCCUGCUUGUCAUGGCUGAAGACAGAGAGAUCUUACGUGAGAUAUGGGAAGGCAGACUGCCAGUCUGUUUUACUUUAGCUACAGAGGAAGUGUCCACACCUAUUGCACCAGAUCCAUUCUAUCUUAUGGUUCCACGCUUGACUUACUUCCCUCUUGUCACAGAUAAAGUUCGGAGGCACUUUGUAAGGUGUGUUGUCCCAGAAAAGCAUGACAAUGAAAUGUGGCUGGAGUUUGAAAAAUUUCCUCUGAAAUGGUAUUUCUUUGAUAUAUUAAAAAAUAAGUAUUUUUCUAUACAAUACAUAUGUAGGCAUUAUCCAAUUGGACUUAUCUACGAUCUGCUGGUCACAAAUUCAGAAUUACCAUGGCAGAUAACAGUCCAUUUUGACAAAUAUCCUGAUAACAAAUUACUCAAAUGCCCCUCAAAAGAUGUUGUUGAAUCCCAUUUGAUGCACAGCUUAAAGGAAGCUGAUGCUCUGAAACAUAAGAAUCAUAUAAUGGCUCUAAUGCAAGAGCGUGACCACAAGCAACUUUGGUUAGGACUCUUACAUGACAGGUUCGACCAAUUCUGGUCAGCAAAUCGAAAGUUAAUGGAACAUAGCGCUGAGGAUGGUUUCCGUUACAUUCCAUUUCGUCUGUAUGCCCCUCAGUUAACUUCCAAGCCUUUUAUGCAAUAUCUAGUCAAAUCAAUUGAAAACGAGAAGAGACUAACUCUGGAAGAUUUACUUCAGAGAGCGAAUCUCAAUUUCGAAUCUAAAGGACCAUUUCAAGUCGUCAUUCACGGGAUUGAUCUCCCUCUGGAAACUCCUCUUCAGUGGAUAAGUGAGCAUUUAAGUUAUCCGGAUAACUUCCUGCAUCUAUGCAUCCGAUACUCUUCACCUUAAGUCUAGAGCUGAGGCGUUAUUUUGAUGAUUUCUUUUGGGUUUGCACCCAUACAAUGUUUUGACGAUUUUUUUUCUCUAUCGGGUUUUUCUACCUUUUCAAUAGGACAAAGUUGGUGUCCGCUUAGUCAAAUGACUUUGUAUCGUUCCCAUUCCCCAUUUUGAUAUACAUAGUGUACAUUUUGGC